UCGUUUCUCUUUCAGCCUCAGAAAGAAGCAGCAGAGAAGUGACGCUGUCACAGCGCUGUCUCCAACUUGUUCACGUGGACCCGCAAGCGGAGCGCAAAUAUUGACUAUUGCGCGGACUUACAAGCGCCAUUAAACGCGUGACCGGCGAUCGAAAUGGAAAUCUACGAGCCGGAGAAGAGAAGUUGUGUGAUCCGCGUGCUCGUGUGAGCGCCACCGGCUCCGAGGCUCCGAAACCUCAUGGAAGCUGUCAGUGGAUGAAGUGGGCUGUUCUCAACAACCCAUCAUGGAAACCAACUGCCGGCCCGAUCCCCACACUUCCUGUGCGGAGGCUCCCUGCUUCGCAACAUCUCCGUGCGUCUGAGCUGGGACCAUGACACAGAUGGACUACAAAUACAGCCUGCUGGGCACGGCCAUGGACGACUACCGCAAACGGCCGCUGCUCCUCCAGGUGGACAACGCACCCGUCAACCUGUUCGCGGUGCUCGAGGUCAAGCGGGAGGCGCCCAAGCGCCGGAGCGCGCUGGGCUGCUUCCGCAGACUCCGUCUCUACAGCUUCCUCUUCGGCCUGGCCGUCACGUUUCUCAUCAUGGCGUCAUACAUUCUGACAGGAGACAAGAAAGGCCUGCUCCUCACCCCGUCUCCCUACCACUUCAGCAGCCUGGUAAGCCCGGGGCCUUUUGCCUUCAACCUGUCCUCUGUCAAGGAUUACACACACAUCAAGCUGGUGGUGAAGUCAAUCACAUCCAGGGUGGAGUUUGGCAGCAGCCGGCAGCUUCCAGAGCUCAAGGCGCUGGUUAACAGUGAACCGCAUAUGUUUUCUGUUAUCCCUCACACAUUUCUGCCUGGCAUGAGGAACCCCUGCUGGUAUGAGGAAUACACUGGGAAUACAACCUCAGACCCGUACAGGACAAACUUGUAUGCACGCUACUCCAGGCGCUUCCGGGUUGUGUUCCAACACUUGAGGAACACUUUUCAGGGACACUUGUUUCACCGUGACGGGAAACUCUACCGCAUGCGGUGCCUUCCUUACUUCUACAUCAUCGGCCAGCCGAAGUGCGGCACCACGGACCUGUAUGACAGACUGAGGCUGCACCCGGACGUCAGGUUCACCACUUUCAAGGAGCCACACUGGUGGACCCGCAAGCGGUUCGGUAUCAUUCGCCUCAGCGAGGGCUUCCAUGACCGAUAUCCAGUCGAAGACUACCUGGACUUAUUUGAUCAAGCUGCUUACCAAAUCCAGGGAAACCUCACAGCAAACGCAAGCGGAAGCCCCAUCCACCCCAACGUCAUCAUAGGAGAAGCCAGCGCGUCCACCAUGUGGGACAACAACGCCUGGGUGUAUUUCUAUGACAACAACACCGAAGGGGAGCCUCCGUUCCUUAUCCAGGACUUCAUCCACGCCCUGCAGCCUGAUGCCCUGUUCAUCGUCAUGCUCAGGGAUCCAGUGGAGAGACUCUAUUCUGACUACCUUUACUUUGGCAUUGCCAAUAAAUCUGCGGAGGACUUCCAUGAGAAAGUGUCGGAGUCGCUGCAGCUAUUCGAGGGUUGCCUUACAGAGUACACAAUGCGCUCCUGUGUGUACAACACUACUGUCAACAAUGCCAUGCCCGUCAGAUUACAAGUUGGCCUGUACAUCGUAUACCUAAUAGACUGGCUGACCAUCUACAGCAGAAAACAGAUUCUGGUCCUGAGGUUGGAAGACCACGCAUCUAACAGGAAAUAUACAAUGCACAAAGUCUUUGACUUCCUUAACCUGGGGCCGCUGUCAAAAGAAAUAGAAUCUGAGAUCACAAGAAGCCCAGCGUCAAACACCAGGAGACCAGCUGACAAAAACUUGGGACCCAUGCUGCCCAUCACUAAAGAGAUCCUGCGGGAUUUCUACAUGCCGUUUAAUGAGAAACUGGCCAAAGUGCUGCGGAACGACUCCUUUCUCUGGGAGAACAACCCCAGAACCUGAACAGCUCAUUUGCCCCUGUCCAAAAAAGUGCCCAUGAAGAUCAAUACUUUUUUAUUUAAAUUAUUUUUUAAGUUAUAAAAGCAGAUAUGAAUCAAAAGUAGAAAACAGCACAAGUGUGUGUGUGUGUGUGUGUGUGUGUGUGUGUGUGUGUGUGUGUGCGCUGGUGAGUGUGUUUCUGUGUGUGUGAGAGAAUGAAAGAAGGAAAUGUUGACAGGUCAUGACUGUUGUUUUUGUCACCAGUUGUACAAAUUAAAUAGUGAGCUAUUAAAACACAAUAACACAAGUCACGUGUUUGGUUUGAUCAUCCAUUAAACGAAAUAUGAAAAACCUCUAACGCCUUUUCCAAUUCAGAUUAGGUGAUCAGUGAAACAGCAUUGCCAUCUAGUGGCAAGUGCGUGUAGUUGCAAUUUAUAAGUUACUGUAACAAAAUACAUUUGGAAUCAAUCUAGUCUGCUUAUAUAAAUAUGCUCCAGGAAUGUAGGUUAUCAAGAUAGUAACUGACUUUAAAGUAGGACAAUGAAGUAUUUAUGUUUGAAGUUGAUCCAAUCAGUUACUUUCAAUAAAGUCAUCAUAAGGGUUUUCUCUCUGCUAAAAGUCUGACAGAAACACCAAAUUAUUACCAAUUACAAUCUAAACUGAACUGUUUGUGUGUUUGUGAGUGCAUUGAAGUUAUUACAUCUGGCAACAUGUUUAACAAAAACAAAGCUGAUAAAAGGUUGAUUUUAUAACAUCAGCAGGAGCAUCUUGGAAGGUACCGCUUCUCUACACAAGAGGGCAGACAAAACUAACAUAUUUGUAAUGUUUAUAAUGCUAUAAAAAGGAUUUGAAGAAGUAAGACCCAAAGUGUCACUUCUGGAGUUUCUGCAACAUCCAAAUGGUUUUGUUUUGUUUUCGGACACAUUAUGGACACACCACAUUGUGUACACGGCAGAGAAAAACAUUCAUUUAGAAAGAAAGAGAAUUAUCAAUCACACUGAAUAAUCCUCUUCUUAAAAAGGAAGUGAGCUCUUUCUCAAAACGUCACAUCAUCCUUAUUGAAAUGAAUGCAACCUGAAUGAGAGGGGCAGUGACUGCGGGGCAUUUGCAUAUUUAGCUUGGAGUCAAGUCCAUCUGGCUGACUGAUGGGGCUCCGCUCUAAUAUCAUCCCCCAACCCAUUUUAAUUUCCUUGGAAUUUAAAAAUAUUAUCACAUUACUGCCUUUUGCCCCAGUCUGUGCUGUAUCAGGGUACAGUGACUGACUCCGCUGCUUUGGCUUUAUUGUGCCAGAAACACAGGGUGUUGUCAUGGGAAAUGACAGACUGGCAGCGUCUCUGAUGCGUUGGACACGAGAAGGCAUCAGUCAAGUAGUUCAUGUGGAACAGAUUUAUAAUGGUAGUAGAGAGCUGAUUUCUGGCAUCUGGGCUCUGGCCUCAUCACUUCCCACAAGGACACACAUAAUUCAGAGCAACGUGGUCCUGGGAGUUCUCACUGUUACUUUCCCCAGUAAAACAUCUCCAGUUGUUGUAGGCAGCAUUUAAUACUGUGAUGUGCAUAAACUUAACAGCCAGCAACCCGCGUCCCCCACAGCUACAGUACGUGGAACGAGGAACAUGUGGCAUCUGCAGCAAAAUAACUUAGAAAAAAAAAACAAUAA